AAGCACCCCCUACCCAAUGCUGCAGUCACCCAGCCACCAUGGGGACCCACAUAGACCUCCACAGGCACACCUCACCCAAACAAUAACACUAUAUAUGGUCACACAAUCAUUGUCCCACAUCUACCUUGAGGAUAAGUCACACUCGCAUGUUUACAGACCCCUCAAACAUAGCACCAUUCAAAACCAGAGUGCUACAGAUAGUCACAAUACCACACUCACUACUGAGCCACACAAAGUUACAGUUCCCCCCUCCCCAGGACCCCUAUUGAGCACUACACACAAUCACACAUUCAAAAUAACACAAUGACCACUAGGACACACAUAUUAUCACCCCGGCACGAUUACACGCACUUUCCAACCGCAGACACAGUGCCACAUAAAGUUCCAUGGUCACACUCUCACAUUCUCACGUUACUGGGUUAUUUCUGGGUAGUAGAUUUACUCAGUAAGGCAUCCAGUACACUUAAGUGCUGCUAACAGUCAUACAAACACAAUUACACACGCACCCAUCAGACUAACACACAGUCACAACCUCGUCAUCAGAUUCUCUCCACACAAACACCCUCCACAAUGUCACUCAAAGUUACACAGCCACACACAAUCACAGACCCAACACGGGACACAGUCAUACCUACACAUAUAGCCUUACAUUGUUACAAUCACACAACUACAACGAGGAUAUACAAUCACACCCGCGCACACAGCGAGGCACAGUCACAUAAGGUCACACUCACACACGGAAGCCCACGCCUCGUGCCCGCCUCCCCACCGCCCCCUCCAUCAGCCCAACCAACUCAUACAUGCCCGACACUCCAGACCAGCCUGGUCAGUCUCUUCAAACUCCCAGGCACGUACCUGCGGGCCCCAGCCGAGCCCGCAAGACCCAGGCCGCUCACCGCGCACUUCCCCUACCCUUGAGGACGAGAGUCCAGCAGGCAAAUGAAGGGGCUGCCCUGGACUCGCGGGGGCCUCUGGGAAAUACAGUCCGGAGUAGGACCGCGCCGAGAAGAUGGCGCCAGGUGUUUCGGGUUCCUGCAGCUGCACAGCUCGGGGACAUCCCUGCUCCGCACUCCGAACGGCUACCCCGCGUCUCCGUGAUCCAGACACAGGCUCAGAGUGAAACUGCCGUAGGACGCUGGCCCUGCACCCUGAAGACAAUCUUCCUCCAUGGUACCGGCCAACCCCAGGGAGUUACCUGAGAAACAGGAAAAGGUCGCCAGCUUCGGGCCAGAAGUUGAUUAGAGCCGCAAGGAUUUCUGGGAACUGUAGUCUAGAGCAGGAAGAGGUUCUUGGGUGUCUCUGGGGAGUCCCUGGGCCAGACCUUCCUCCAGACUCCAGCCCACCUCUUCGGAGCAGCUCUGCUGAGUUCACAGAUGACCACUAAACUUCAGGCACCCUAGACAAAAAGGGUUGAGAGCCAGUGUGGCCAUGCCAGCUAGUUGGACCUCACCCCAGAAAUCCUCAGCCCUGGCUCCAGACGAUCAUGGCAGCUCCUAUGAGGUUAAGGAGGCUGAGGAAGAGGAGAGUUUGGCCUUGCUGUUUUGGGUGGCAAAGGAGGAAGCGAUGAAGGGAUCAGUGUCCUUCAGGGAUGUGGCUAUCAAUUUCAGCAGAGAGGAAUGGCAGCACCUGGACCUUUCUCAGAGAAACCUGUACCGGGAUGUGAUGCUGGAGACCUACAGCCACCUGCUGUCAGUAGGGUAUCAAGUUCCUAAACCAGAGGUGGUCAUGUUGGAGCAAGGAAAGGAACCAUGGGCACUGCAGGGUGAGAGGCCACGUCACAGCUGCCCAGGAGAGAAAUUAUGGGACCAUAAUCAACAUAGAAAAAUCAUUGGUUAUAAACCAGCUUCCUCUCAAGAUCAAAAAAUUUAUUCUGGGGAAAAAUCCUAUGAGUGUGCCGAAUUUGGAAAGAGCUUCACCUGGAAGUCACAGUUCAAGGUACAUCUGAAAGUUCCUACAGGAGAAAAACUCUAUGUAUGUAUUGAAUGUGGGAGGGCUUUUGUACAGAAGCCAGAAUUCAUCACACAUCAGAAAACCCAUAUGAGAGAGAAGCCCUAUAAGUGCAAUGAAUGUGGAAAAUCCUUUUUUCAAGUAUCGUCUCUUUUCAGGCAUCAGAGAAUUCAUACCGGAGAAAAACUAUAUGAAUGUAGUGAAUGUGGGAAAGGCUUCCCUUGUAACUCAGAUCUCAGUAUACACGAGAAAAUUCAUACUGGAGAGAGACACCAUGAAUGCACUGACUGUGGCAAAGCGUUCACACAAAAGUCCACGCUCAAGAUGCAUCAGAAAAUCCAUACAGGUGAGAGAUCCUACAUCUGUAUUGAAUGCGGACAGGCCUUCAUCCAGAAAACACAAUUGAUUGCACACCGAAGAAUUCAUAGUGGAGAAAAACCAUAUGAGUGCAAUAACUGUGGCAAAUCCUUCAUUUCCAAGUCACAACUUGAGGUACAUCAACGCAUUCACACAAGAGUGAAGCCCUAUAUAUGUACCGAAUAUGGGAAGGUCUUCAGCAAUAAUUCCAACCUCAUUACACAUGAGAAGGUUCAAAGUAGAGAGAAAUCUUCCAUAUGUACUGAGUGUGGGAAGGCCUUUACCUACAGGUCAGAGUUGAUUAUUCAUCAGAGAAUUCACACUGGAGAGAAACCUUAUGCAUGCAGUGACUGUGGAAAAGCCUUCACUCAGAAGUCAACACUCACAGUGCAUCAGAGAAUUCAUACAGGAGAAAAAUCGUAUGUAUGUAUGAAAUGUGGACUGGCCUUCAUCCGGAAGGCACACUUGGUUACACAUCAAAUAAUUCAUACUGGAGAGAAACCUUAUAAAUGUGGUCACUGUGGGAAAUUGUUUACUUCCAAGUCACAACUCCAUGUUCAUAAACGAAUUCACACAGGAGAAAAGCCCUAUGUAUGCAAUAAAUGUGGGAAGGCAUUCACCAACCGGUCAAAUCUCAUUACACAUCAGAAAACUCAUACAGGAGAGAAAUCUUAUAUAUGUUCCAAAUGUGGAAAGGCCUUCACCCAGAGGUCAGACUUGAUUACACAUCAGAGAAUCCAUACUGGGGAGAAGCCUUAUGAAUGCAGUACUUGUGGAAAAGCCUUCACUCAGAAGUCAAAUCUUAAUAUACACCAGAAAAUUCACACCGGAGAGAGACAGUAUGAAUGCCACGAAUGUGGGAAAGCCUUCAACCAGAAAUCAAUACUCAUUGUUCAUCAGAAAAUUCAUACAGGAGAGAAACCCUAUGUAUGCACUGAGUGUGGAAGAGCUUUCAUCCGCAAGUCAAACUUUAUUACUCAUCAAAGAAUUCAUACUGGAGAGAAGCCUUAUGAAUGCAGUGACUGUGGGAAAUCCUUUACCUCCAAGUCUCAGCUCCUGGUGCAUCAGCCACUUCACACAGGAGAGAAACCCUAUGUGUGUGCCGAGUGUGGGAAGGCCUUUAGUGGCAGGUCAAAUCUCAGUAAGCACCAGAAAACUCAUACCGGAGAAAAGCCCUACAUUUGUUCUGAAUGUGGGAAGACCUUUCGACAGAAGUCAGAGUUGAUUACACAUCAUAGAAUUCAUACUGGAGAGAAACCGUAUGAGUGCAGUGACUGUGGGAAGUCUUUCACUAAAAAAUCACAGCUCCAAGUGCAUCAACGAAUUCACACCGGAGAGAAGCCUUACGUGUGUGCUGAGUGUGGGAAGGCCUUUAGCAACAGGUCAAACUUGAAUAAACAUCAGACAACACACACUGGAGACAAGCCCUACAAGUGUGGCAUCUGUGGGAAAGGCUUCGUUCAGAAAUCAGUGUUCAGUGUCCAUCAGGGCAGCCAUGCUUGAGAGAAAGUGUGAGAAAACCCCACUGAGGGUUGGGUCUGAUUGUACACUGUUGCAUGCAUGCAGCAGAAAAAUAUGUAUAUUAUUGUAAAUAGAAAUGACCACAUCAGAAUGUCACACAUGGCUGUUCUGGAGAGGGCCUCUGAGAAGGCACUGAAUGAGGCGAGGGACCCUUCCUAUAUUGUCACCAUCCCCAGUAAACCUUGGGGCAUUAUUCAUACUGACAAGGAACUGAAUCAAUUUGGUGAAUAGGAAAAGCCUUCUCAUGAAAACUACAAUGGAACACUGUUACCAAAUUCUUCAUAAGAAAGAUCAUGUUAUGGGAAUGAUAAUCCUGUUUACUGUGGAUUAGGUAUAGUGCCAACAGUUUGAAUGGUAAGACAACAUAAUAUAUAUGAUAGUGAUGAAUCCUUCUGUGAGUUGUUUGUUUCAGAACACACUGUCUAGUAGAAUUGUGGGUAUUUUCUUCUUUUGAAUCCAACACAGUUGUGCAUAUCCAAUUCCCCAUUGAGUAUUUCUAUCAAGCAAGAGAUACUGCAAUAAGACAAACUCCCUACGUAUUCAGACACAGACCUCAGAGUAUAUGUUGAAUCCCCAUUGUCAUAGAAAAAGACUUGCAGCCCCCUUCAUUAUCUGCCAGGACUGUCUCUGAGCCCCACAGGUUCUCAGCACAUUGUGUUUGACACCCAGCACAGUGUUUUUUCUUUCUUUCUUUCUUUCUUUUUUUUUUUUUUUGAGACAGAGUCUUCUUCUGUCUGGCAAGCUGGAGUGCAGUGGCACUAUCUUGGCUCACUGCAACCUCCAUCUCCCGGGCUCAAGCAAUUCUCCUUCCUCAGCCUCCCGAGUAGCUGGGAUUGCAUGUGCCACCACGUCCAGCUAAUUUUUCUAUUUUUAGUAGAGAUGGGGGUUUCACCAUGCUGGCCAGGCUUGUCUUGAACUCCUGACCUCAUGAUCCGCCCACCUCGGCCUCCCAAAGUCCUGGGAUCACAGACGUGAGCCACUGCACCCGGCCCAGCACAGUGUUUUAUACACUCCCACCACCCUCAAGAAAGCCUCUGAGGUUAGGAUUUUCAGGUCAUCUGGGACAACUUAAAUUCUUCCUUCUGCUAUUACAAUUCUUCCCACUCAGUUGCCUCCUCCUUUUUUUUUUUUUAAUUUACUUGUCGCUGAGUUGAAGCCCAGCAUUUUACUUUCCUUAAUGAUCUGACUUUCAUAAGUUGAUAACUCAUGAAAUCAUUAUCUUACAUUAUAUGAGAUAUGAGAUAAAUCAUAAAUCAUAUGAAAUCGAUAACUCAUAUGAAAACCAACCCCACCAUAUGUUCACUGUCUACUUGUGUCCAUGUUCGUCCCAUGCACCCCACAAGGACCUUCCCUGCCAUGUGCUUCAAACAUCAGUUCAGUUCCUGACUCAGGGCCUUUGUAUUUGCAGUGCCCAUUGCAAAGAGCACAAUUCUUUAUUUUAUCUAUGGCUUGUCCCUCAUGUCUUUUUUUCCAUGACACCUCCACACAGGCCUUCCCUGCCUGCCUGGUUUAAAAUUCCAGCCCCUUACCCUUCCUCCUUUAUUCUUCUCCCUAGCACUUUCCACCAUACUGCCUGGUAUAUUUUGCUCAUUUCUCUGUGGCUUCUACACUAGAAAAUAUUUCCCUUUUGUUCACCGCUAUGAGUCUAGACCCAUGACUGCCAUACAGCAGGCAUUCCAUAAAUGCACCUGUGGAGAGUUGACCGGUGCUUGUUGCGUGACUUCUCUCUGAUUUUUUUCUGUGUUGCAGCAUAAGAAGCGCUAACAGGGAGAACCAACUUGCCUAAAACACACCAGGCUUUUUCACCUCUAGUCUGUACCUGGGCUGUAUCCCUUCUCAACCCUAAAGUUAAAAAGUCAUUGUAAACCUUUUGGUCUGACGCUAAAGAAGGAAAAACAGGUACAGGAAAUCCCAUGUGGAUGCUUGCUUCCAGGACUCCCUGCCAUGAUUCCAGAAUCCCACAGCUCCAACGUGAUUGGAAAAGACUCCCUGCUCAUUUUUCCUCAGCAUGCACAGCUCUGCCUGUCUCAGUUGCAACUCGACAGAGCCCCACUUACUCCAGAACCUAACCCAUACACCGGCUCAUCCUGCCCCGAGAGGAGUGCCUGAAGCCAAUAGCAGGAAACUAGAGCAGACAUGGGUGGAUCUUCAUUGGAUAUUAGGUAUCUUGCCCUAGAUAGGCAGCAGUGGCCUUACAGAUGCUGGCAGAUGAUCUGAUUAGAUGCACAGUUGCUGGGUGGCCCCUCUGGAACUUGCAGAAUGGUCUGUCUGGGGCCAGUCUAUUGGCAGUUCUGGGAGUGGGAAAUAUUUGGGCUCUGCAGAGAUGGUUUCACCUUUAAGAAGGGCAGUAUGGGGAGGUGAAGAUGGGGCCCAAAGGAUAGAACAUAGUCAAAGGAGCAGGGCCACAAUGCCCCUUUAAUUCCCAAGCCCUAGUUGGGCAGUGCUUGGUGACACAUCCCAUCACCUCACCUUGGAUCAAUGUCUACUGAGCCAUCAUUAGCUCUGCUUCCUCACUUCUUCACAGUAUCUGAUGGCCCAUCACAUGCUGCUCAACAUCUUAGGCCAAUGUCUGCUCACCCAUUACCUCCCUUCACCUCGUCCAGCACUGUAUCUGAAGCUUCACUAUUCUUCCUUCAAUUUUGGAUAUUUUGUGAUACAACAUUAUCCCUAACUUAGGACAAUGUCUGCUGAACCUCAGGAGGGUGCCUGGAAAUCACCUCUUCCUUCCUAACAUACCCUAGAACAAGGUCUGGUCCCCUUCAUUAUUCCCAUUUUACCUUACUCCUAAAUGUAUCACUCCUCAUGAAUUCCAGGAAAUAUGGAGGAAAACACAUUUCACUGUACAUGACUUUCAAUAAUUUCUCCUUAAUAUUUAUUGUAACGUGACAUUUUAGUGCUGACAUAUAUAUGUAUAUGUAUACCCAUUUAUAUAAAAGACUAGUUUUUAGAGAAAUUUUAGGUUCACAGCAAAAUGGGGCAGAAGGUACACAGAUUUCCCAUAUAUCCCCUACCCUCACGUAUACACAGCCUCCCCCAUCAUCAACAUCCCCCUUCAGAGUGGUACAUUUGUUACAAUUGAUGAAACUACAUUGACACUAUCAGCCAAAGUCCAUGGUUUAAUUAGGGUUCAGUCUUGAUGUGCAUUCUGUGGGUUGAGACAAAUGAGUAAUGACAUGUAUGCAUUAUUACAGGAGGAUAAAGAGCAGUUUCACUGUCCCAAUAAUCCUCUGUGUUUCGCCUACUCUCCUAAACCCCUGGCUAUUUUCUUUUGUCUCCAUAAUUUUGCCUCUGAACCAUAAAGUAUGCAGCCUUUUCAGAUUGAUUUGUUUCACUUAGUAAUGUGGAUUUAAGUUUCUUCCAUGUCUUUUUGCAGCUUGCUCUUUUUUUUUUUUCCGCAUUGAAUAAUAUGCUAUUGUCUGGAAGUACCGUGAUUUAUUUAUCCAUUCACCUACUGAAGGACAUCUUAAUUGCUUCCAAGUUUUGUUGAUUAUGAAUAAAGAUGCUAUAAACACCUG